CACUGGAUAUCCUUGGAGAAAAUGUUGCAUCUUGUCAAAUCAGUCCCAGAGAAAGAUUCACUGGCCAUGACAACACUAUUUGCACACAGACAGCAUCUGAGCUUACCUUGUGCAAAAAGUUUACACGCCAGAAUACAUUGGACAACAGGACAAAUGAACCUCAGGAACACUUAUUCAUGAAUCCCAGAGCUUCGAUAAACAGAUCUUCUUUCACUAAAAACUUCAUAGAAAAUCACGAAAGGAAGACGCGCUUGCGCAACAACAGCAUCGCCUUUCUAGAAACUAAUCCUGCAGGCUACAUGGACAUUCCUCCCAAAAGACGAAAGACGUACCCGGGAUUGUCAUAUCAAAUGAGUCAAGCCAGAGAGAGCAUUCCCUCAAACAGAGAGUCGUUUUCCUCUGGCACACUGUCGUCGUUUUUCACGCAGUCACUUCCCUCUCAAGCAGACAGGAUGGGAAGAUUUUAUGUAGAAGACGAAAGACUCCAUCCACUUGGAAGCCGCAAAUCUUCCAGUAGCAGCAGCUAUAGACCAAGCUCAAGCUCUACAACCGGUCCCGACUCUUGUAUUGCCAAAUUUAAGGCUUACAGCACAAUGGAAAACCCAUUCUAUCCAUCCAGGUCCGAUGAGAGUCCAGAAGAUGUCUUCUUUAGAGGCGAACAAUAUCAAGGGCCAUCACAUCUAGACGAGAUGGAGCAACUGGGUUCAGAGGUCGCUGCAGGAAUGAUGAUCGAUGAUGGCACAGAUCAAGACAGCACCUCGGCGGGACCACCUGAGCUGAAUGACGUCAAUGAAAGUGGCUUUGAUGAGGAGAUGGUGGAGCUGGAUGAGUCCAAUUCUCCAGGUGACACCAUGGAGAGUCAUCAAAGGGAAUUUCUUAUUCAUGUCAUCCCACCUUCACUGUGCAACUCUGAAGAGAAAAUCAAUGAGGGAUUACCUAACAGUAUCAAGCAUCACACGUGCGACGGAGAUGAAGCUGAUGCUCCAAAGAAAAGGAGAGGGUCGGUAAUGACAAUAAUCACUGGGGACUGUGAGCAGAGAUUUCUACAAGGCAACCAUGUCUUCUCGUUUGAUGAGGACGUUUCACAGGAACAUCAGAUAGAUGCUUUGAGCCCAGUGAUUGAGUCUCCUAUUGGGUCUCCAAUAGAGGAUCUGGCCAGUAUCAGAGAAGCUGUGGAAGAGGUCGUGGACUACUCCCAAGCACAAAAAAACACAACCUCUGCUAACACUAAGCUAACCUUACAUAUGGACAUGUCUUCUCAACAGCCUGGAGUAGUGCAAACAAAUGAAUCCCUGGAGAAAACAGGCACAGAUGUCUCUAGGACAACCAAAUUCUAUAACAAUGAUUCGCCUGAACGGCAAAGUGCUUCAAAAAAUUCUUUAGAGGUCAGAGAACACCUCAGGCCCCCAACAGACUCCAUUAAUAAAGAUUCAGAGGAGCAUUCAGACCACUGGGCAAAGAGGAGGAAGCUCUUCAAAGAGAGCAAACAGCGCAGCUCUGCAGGAGGAAGCUCUAUAACUAGCAUUAUAACAGAGGAAUCAGACACAUUGAACUCUGAGGACACUCGUUCAGUGGACAUGUCAAUGCGAGAUAUUGAGGACAGAGGAUUUUACACAGAAACCUUUCACUCAGUAUCAUGGAUAUACCAUGGAGAUGAAGUUAGCCAGAAUGAUAGUCCACACUGUCUCACCAGCUGUCCUCGACCAGCAGCCAUUCGUGAGCGGACGGUGAAAAUCAGCAAAGGCAUGGGCGAGUAUCCAUGGGGCUUCAGAAUUCAGUUCUCCAAACCCAUCGUGGUUACUGAGGUGGACACAAAUGGAGCAGCGGAGGAGGCAGGGCUGCAGGUUGGAGACUAUGUGCUGGCGGUAAACGGCACUGAUGUCACUAGUGUGCCACACUCAGAAGCAGCUGACCUCGCACGACAAGGCCCAUACAUUUUAACGCUGACCAUUGGCUCGGAUAUUGGUCGAAUGCCUAACACUCCACGACCAGCGUGCAGGGGUUACUUGCAUAAGCGAACUCAUUCCAGUUUUCUGAAAGGCUGGAGAAAGAGGUGGUUCGUGCUCAGACAUGACUGCUGCCUUUAUUACUACAGAAACAAGCGCGACGAAGGGAAGAGUCAAGCUCUGUCUGUGACAAGUCUGGAAGGAGCAGUAGUGCAGGCCGACUCCAGUUUAGGAAAGCCGUUUGUUUUCAGAUGCUGUCCUGUCUCUGGGAACCGAGUUUACUACUUGUGUGCAACAUCAAACCAAGAGAUGAAGCGGUGGCUGGAGGCUAUGGGUAGAGCGAUUCAUCCUAUUACUCAGAAUCACGUGUGGAUGGACGUCACUCGACACAACUCAAAUCUGCCCCCUCUGGCAGUCAAGAACCCAGAAUGCCUUGGGUUACUCCACCAGCUGGACAGGACCAAGGACUCAUGGGUGCAGCACUACUGUGUUCUGAAAGACGGAUGCCUCUAUUUCUAUGCAAGCAUCCGGUCAACCUGCGCGAUAGGAGGAAUCUACCUGCAUGGUUUCACAGUGAGGGAUCAGCCAGUGGGAUCCAAAAGAUCUGCUAUUGAGCUCAGACCUCCAUCUGAAGAGUUUAAAGUGUUCUACCUCUGCGCAGAGAAUGCAAAUGAGAACAAACGAUGGGUUAGUGCAAUAAAAUCGUCUAUUGGAAAAUGGCUGCCACUGCAUCAGGCACUUCAAGACUACAUGAGUCGCCCACCCGAGGAAACAAGAAUGUAAUAUACAGAUACAUACAAAUUAAAAUGAUAAACACAUCUGCUGUAAAUAUUCAUGAUGAAAACUGAAAUAACUCCAUAUAUAAUAUUCAAGUGCUUUUUUGUCAACACAGCAGCAGCAAGUACAUGAAGUUGUCAUGGCACCCAGACACACUGCAUGCUGUGCUGUGACGGUAGCUAAAGCAUAGAAAUAUAAUUAGAAACCUCAGAACUCAGCAUCACUUCAAGACUGACUUCAAAUGACGUCUUGAUUUAGGUCCACUUAACCUUUAAUGUGAUGCAUGUUUGUUUGCAUUCAGAGGAGAGUUUAAGAAAGAAUGAUGGCCUGCAUUUCUGUUAAGUUAUGGUGUCACACAAUUUGAAUUAUUUUGAUCUGUUUUCCCUUUUCAGGAUGUAUAUGCAUUUACUGUAUAAGACAUUUGCCACUGUUAUCUGUACAUCAUAUGCACUUUCUUUAUGUUUUUAAUGUGUAGGCCAUUUUCUCUUUAGCUUGCGGUAAAAUAUUUUACCUGUUGUUUUAGAUAUUUAUAUAGUUGACAGCAGUAUUAUGACUUUUCCUAUUCUUUGUAUAACUAAUGAUACAUUUAUGGCUUUUUGUAUUAUUAUUUUUAUUAGUAUUAUGUGAUCCUUUUUACAAAAUUUUUAAUAUUUAAAAACUAAGGGAGUAUUUACACUUGGUCACACACAUGCAUUUUAAUGAAUCAGAUUCAUGUUCUCAUAUGAGUCCUGUGCAACCAAAUGCAUUACACUUGGCUGAAAUUCGUCUGAGAUUACAUUCACUUUAUAACAGGAUAGCUAUUUGAUCAGUAAAGCACAUGUAGGACCACGUGUAAAUAUCCCCUUUCCUUUGAAUCUGGCAUAUUCUGUUC